UUCACGGCCACUGGGGGCGCUGACGGGUUUCUUCUGUCUUUAAUAAAGACCAAAGAAUGCAGCUCAGAGCUUUCAGGAAGUGCAGAAGUUGUUGUGGAUCUGACCGAAGACAACCUCGGAAUCAAAAGUGAUGGCUGAACCCAGAUUAUCUUCCAUUGAUGGGAGGUUAGCUGAAGAAUUUGCUGUCCCCUCCCAUGUGGAGGAGGUGAAAGAGAAGAUGGCUGCUUUCGCCAGGGAGCACGCUGCUGCAGGUCGCAGGCUGGUCCUCAUCACAUCUGGAGGCACCAAAGUCCCGCUGGAGUCCCGCACCGUCCGCUUCCUGGAUAACUUCAGCAGCGGGCGGCGAGGAGCCUCCUCCGCAGAGUAUUUCAUAGACUCGGGCUACGCCGUCAUCUUCCUCCACAGGCACCGCUCCCUCUACCCCUACACACGCAUGUUCUCCACCCUAAACAUGCUGGACGCCCUGAAGUUCAGAGGUGAAGAAGGAGCGUCCGGUAACCAUGGUGAAGUGGUGGUGAACCAGCAGGUGCUCCCCAACAUCGCCAAAGCGCUGAAGCGAUACCAGGAAGUGAAAGAAGGCAAACUCCUUCUGCCCAUUGAGUUCAGCACUCUAUCAGAGUAUCUGCAUCUGCUCAAAGCUGCAGCACAGGCACUCAGCACAAUAGGAUCCAAGGCCAUGUUUUACUUGGCUGCUGCUGUGUCUGACUUCUAUAUCCCAGCAUCGGAGAUGCCCGAACACAAAAUCCAGUCUUCAAACGGACCUCUUCAACUCAGCAUGAACAUGGUCCCCAAGAUACUGUCCCCCCUGGUGAAGGACUGGGCCCCUCAGGCUUUUGUCAUCUCCUUUAAGCUGGAGACGGAUGCAACCAUCCUGCUGGACAAAGCUCGCCGGGCUCUGGACACCUACAGGCACCAGGCGGUGGUGGCCAACGUGCUGGACUCUAGACGGGGUUACGUGGUGGUGGUGACCCCCGAGACUCAGGCUGAGCUGAUCCUCACAGAAGAGGACGCCAAGAACGAGGUGGAGAUAGAGGAGAGGAUAGUGAGCAACCUGACGUCAGCACACAACAAGUUCAUAACUCAACAACAGGGCUGACGGUGCAUGUUUGAGUCAAUGAUGCAGCUAGAAGUUGUUGUGUCUGUGCUCUAACCUGAUCCUGAGUUGGCUUUAACCCACUGAGGCCUGAAACGCCUGUAAAACCUCUGGGCGAUUUUAAAAUAAGCCCCUAAAACCUGAAGUUUUUCUGGAAAUUCAAGAGAAGUGUCAACUAUGGAAGUAAAUCUGUGUCAUCAGAGUUUGAAAUAAAAAAAGACGUUGAAUUUCUAGCACUGAAUAUU